GAAGCGGAAGUAGCUCUUUUUUUGGGGGAGAUACAGUGGAGGAGGAGGUGACCUGUCAGUAUACUUUCACACAAACCGGGUUGUAAAACGUUUUGCAUUUGAUUUCAAUUGUAUACCAAAGGAGUAAGAAGCUCUAUGCCGCUAUGGGAGCGCACCUUGUCCGUCGUUAUGUGACCAGUCCAGACACCGAACCGGACCCCCUGAAACCUGCAGGGUUUGCCCCUGACUUUGGAUUUCCCAAUAGGAAAGAGCGAGUGAUGGUAGCCACACAGCAGCAGAUGGAUGAUGCCCAGCUGCCUCUAUCACAGCGUGAUUACUGUGCUCACUACCUCAUCAAGCUGAUGAAGUGCAAUCGAGACUACUGGCCCAACUUCCUGGCCUGCAAGCAAGAGCGCCAUGACUGGGAUUACUGUGAACACCAAGACUAUGUGAUGAGGUUGAAAGAGUAUGAGCGAGAGCGGCGUUUGCUGAUGAGGAAGAAGAGGCUGGAAGAGACCAAGGCUGCAUGAUCCCAGCUUCAGCAGAGCUGCCUCACUUUGCGAGAGAAUGGAACACUUUUCUGUACAUCGAAAAUAAAAUCAUAAUUAAUCUA